CAAUACGCUUAAUUAAAUCUUGAAGUAUCAGUUGCUUCGGCCACGGGUCAUGAGGAAAAACAUAUCAUGUGCAAUUGCGCGCUUGCCAGACCAUCAUCAAGGCAGGAAUGUUUGUUCCGGCGUGUUGACGCCGUCGCUUCACAUCCACCCGCCCCUGCCUGUCCUCAAAAAGCCGCCCGCAAAAGCGCAGCGCCGCAGUCCGGGCAGCCGACGGACGGGUCGGCCGGCAGCGCUCGUCAUGAACUUCGAGCAAAUCCUCAGAGACGUCGGCGGCUUCUCCAAAUUCCAGUUCCUGAUCCUGAGCGUCCUAUGCCUCCCGCGGGCCAUCCUUCCGCUGCACUUCUUGCUGCACAACUUUGUCUCGGCAACACCGGCCCACCGAUGCGCCACGAGGCCCGCCGGGAACUACAGCCUGCCGGAAGACGGCGCCCGGGCCUCCUGCCCGACCUUCGGGGACAACCGCACCGGCGUUUGUCCUCACGGCUACGCCUACGACCAUUCCCAGUUCGUCUCCACCACCGUCACCGAGUGGGACCUGGUGUGUGAAGAUCGAGGAUUCAAUAAUGCUUUGGCCACCUAUUUCUUCCUGGGGGUGACCUUUGGCGCCAUCCUCUUUGGACAUCUUGCAGACAUGUUUGGCCGAAAGCCGACGCUGCUGGCGGCGUUGGGGGGAGCCGCCUUGAUGGGCGCCGCCUUGGCCUUCUCCAGCUCCUACACCGCGUUCGCCGUGACGCGGGCGCUGAGCGGUGUGGCGCUGAGCGGCGUGUCCAUCAUCGGAUGUGUUUUAGGCCUGGAGUGGACAGACGUGAGGCACCGCACCUUGACUGGCACGCUGAUCAGUUUGUCGUGGAGCGCCGGCAACAUGCUGCUGGCACUGCUGGCUUACGCCAUCCGCGACUGGCGGCACUUGACGCUGGCGGUGACGGCGCCUUGCGUGCCGGCCCUGCUCUGCUGUUGGUGGCUGCCCGAGUCGGCCCGCUGGCUUGUGGCCAACGGCAGGACCGCUGAGGCCCACCGAUGCCUGCUUCGCUGCGCCCGAACAAACAAAAGGGACCCGGCGGCACUGCGUCCGGAGGUCCUGGAGAAGGUGUCGGCGGAAGAUGCCGGCGGGACUCAUUGGUACGUGGACCUGCUCAGGACGCCCCGGCUGAGGAAGAUCACCCUGCUGUCCGGGCUCUUCUCCUUCGCUGUUGCCUUCCUGUACUACGGCAUCAGUUUGAGGAUCUCGGGCUUCGGCGUCAGCCUCUACCUCACGCACUUCAUCUACAGCGCCGUGGAAGUGCCCGCCAAAAUCUUAACCUAUUUUGUCCUGGAUCGAAUCGGGCGACGCAACGGCCAGGCGGGCUUCCUGAUGGCCACGGGCACCCUAAUAGCCGUAAAUGCGGCCAUCCCUCUAGAGCACUACUGGGUCCGCACCAGCGUGGCCGUGGUAGCCAAGGGCUUUUCCGAGGCGGCCUUCACAACCUCCCUCCUCUACGCUGCCGAGCUUUUUCCUACUGUCCUCCGGCAGUGCGGGACGGGAUACGCGUCGUGCCUGUGUCGCAUCGGGAGUUCCUUAGCGCCCGUGGUCCUGCUGCUGGAAGACACGUGGCUUUACCUGCCGGCACUGGUUUUUUCCGUCACGGGAAUGGUCGCCGGUGCGCUGGUCUUCCUGCUGCCUGAGACGCUGGACGUGCGCCUGCCCGAAAACAUUCUGGACAUCGAGGAAGGAAGACACAGAGAAUCGGAGGCUAACAACCUCGGCAGUACCGAGACAAGAGUCGACCGGUGCCGGAUUAGCUCUUCUGCGAUUGACGGGAUGGACUGACGCUUCUGGACAAAUAAAGUCCAUCUCAGAAAGACAGAACAUUCCUUCUGAUGUGAAAAUAAAGGGUCAAAGGAGAACACCAGUCAGGCCUUUUCUUAUCAGCUGCAGUUCUGGUCGUCCGACGGUAUUGAAAGCAGACACGUU